GAUUCAUGUAUCUAUAAGACUCGAGAGUGAAAUCUCGACUCUCCUUCAAUAGAAGAUGCAUUCUUCAAGGUUUACGUGACCGUUAUGUACAGAAAGAUGAAGAUGAUGUGACAGGAAAAAUAUAUGGCGAUGUGGCACCGUCAGGCAGUUCUGAGACUGUCGCGGCACGCCACCGCAGGAAAAGCAAGAGCGAAAGGCCUGCUUGCAGAGUCUGCCUCUGCGUGGCGGCUUCACACUCCCACGAGGCGCGGAAAGGCAAAUAGUUGGGCGGCCUUUGCACACGCGUGUCGUGGUACUGGUGGAGAAUUGUCGGCGUUGGACUGUGCAGCCGUCAGCAUAGAAGAUGAUCGGAGAAAAACACAAAGUAGGAGCGCGCAGGAGGGUGUGGUAUUUGUGCAUCAAUUAUUCGAGAAAGUCAAUGACAAGUACGAAAUAUUUGUGCUUCCACGCUGCAGCAGAGGUAGUUUUCUCAUUCGUUUGCGCACAUCAGAGAGGGACAACGCCCACACAGCACUAUCUGAUGGGUGGCAAGCGAUUCAAGUAAAAAACGCGCGAAAGAGACAUGCGAAGGCAGGAAACAAGUACAUUUUCUGCGGUAGCGGGAGCGGUCCGCGCGCAGAUGUAGGUCUCGCUCUGGUUUGUGCAGCAGAAAAAAAGAUCGAGUUUGUGCAUGAAGGCGCCGUAUCUGUGCAGUACGCUGGCGGGCCGCAGUACUGGAUCUGCCGCGAUGAGCUCGGUUCACCUGCCACUUGCUUCGGCAGUGACACUGUUGUCGAAGGACUCGAAAAGGUCCUCCACAUGGUACCGAAGCGUUCUGUUGCUGAUUGGCUUUUUCGCUUAGCUUUACGCAAGCAAGACCGUGUCCACCAAUCUCUGAUGCAGCAAUUUGCUCUGCAGGCAGAGCAACGGCUUGGUAAGAGCUUGCAAUAUCUCGCAGCACGCACGGACCCUUCCAACGCAAUUGUUGCUGGUAAGCGCAGUUUGCUUCGGUCUUGCGAAAUAGUUCCGCAGCACGGAAAAGCGCUCCUGCCUCUCGAGAGGCAUCGCUUCGCACGGGGACAGUUGUUCGGUUUGCCAUUUGAUGCGAUCGAGGACAACGUGGAUUUGUACAUCAUCAUGCUGUUCAAGCGUACCUCCGACAAGCUAGAGGGUGCUUUCAUAUUUCCUAAAACGUUUCUUGCAGAGGAAGGCAUUCUUUCGAUAAGUCGCACUGGCGGGCAAGGAAGCAUGGUACUCUAUCCACCAGGAAGCAGAGCCAUAUCGCCCGAGAAAGAAGACUUUGCCCGGAGGCAAAGACUCUACUAUGUCUCCUUCGAUGCAGAAAAUGACGAGGUUGAAGACAGUUCCCCCGAUGUGCGGGAGAAACACAUAACAGCGAAGUUCAGAGCACUGUUAAAAUGCAAAGUGACCUUUUAGCGAAUUCGAAACUGACAUGUCAUCCUUGUUUUUUCCACAAUGCACUCGCUAUAGCAGAAGGAGGUUUUAUCCUUAACCGGUUCUGCUGUGGCAGAAUACGCCCUUUCCUCCGACUCUCUCAAAAA